GAAAAAUCGAGAGACAAAUGUCGCGGGAACAAUCUGGAACCACCUUAACGGUUGAAUAUCUCUUUCGAGCUCCUUCUCGCACUUGUUCAUCAUUUCCUUUAAAUAAAUACUUUCCGGAAGAUCCCAUUUCAGAUAUCUCUAUCUAAAGGAAAAAAUUAUCGUCCAUCGCCAAAAUUCAAAAACUAAAAAAAGCUUUCAAAGAAAACUUUCAAUCAAUUUUUCUGGGUUUGUGGAUCGAUUUGAACUGUUUACUGACUCAUUUGGAGUUGCGGAUUGUUCGGCGGUUGUUUGUAAUUAUUUCGUCUGUGUGCUUAAUUAAGCUUUUCAAGUGACAUUGUCAACUUAUUCAGGACAGUGUUUUUUGGUCUGGUGAGAAUGUUUCCAGUCUAUCGAGGCAUGAACACAUACCCUUAUCGGACAAACCAAAUGCCCUCCUCUCAAUAUUAUCAUCCUAGCUGGGAAGCCGUUUCUCCUCAAAUCAAAGAAGGCCCAUCAAGUUCCUCUUGCACCAAUGAACCAUGGCAUCACAAUCAUGGUUAUCCAGUUCCACCGAUGCAGUGCCAUAAUUGUUGCACUCAUGGCCAGCGUCCAAUAUAUUACGAUUUCAGACCACCAUGCUCUCACCUCCCGCCAUCAAUGCCUCCAGCUUAUAAUCACUGUUGCGGUGGCUAUCCUCCUUACCCUCAAUCUUACCCCAUGUAUUAUGAUCCUCUGUCACAUUAUUCCAUGGAGGUACCACCUAGAUAUGAAUUUGACAAGAGUGUACCAAGAGGUGAAUUUUAUUGCUGUGAAUGCCCAAACCAUUCAUGUAAUGUGAAAAGACAUAAUAAUAUCAAGAUCGAAGAGCAGGAGCCUGAAGUGGAGACAAAGAAAAGUGAGUCAUUCGUUGCCCCGGGGGCAAACAACUUCUCAUAUCCGCUCCUGUGGAUUCCUCCUGGGUUUACGAUGAACAAAGAGCUACCAAGAAAGCUUGAAAAUGCAGCUAAUGGACAGCAAGUGCUUCCUUAUGUAAAGAAUCCUCAGGUGCACAAGAGAUCUGUUGACACAGAAGCACAGAAUGGUGAAGGUGGGAAGCCUCACCAGAUAGCAUUGGUAGAAGAUCAUCCGAACCAAAGGUAUGGAUGGUUUCCUCUGGACAUGAAUAGCAUCAGUCAACUGAUGGGAGGUGGAAAGACGAGGAAAAGUCAUGACCAAGAUGAUAGAAGCAAGGAGGUAAAAAAGGCUCCAGAUGUGGAGAAGGAAGAUCAAAAUAAGCAAGUGUCUUAUCCUAUUAUUUGGAUGCCUUUUGAUGGAUUAUUGAAGGAUCAUCCGAAGGGCUUAGCAGAGAACACUUCUGGUGGAUCAACUGCAGAAGAUUCUUCAUCUACUUUAAAUGUCGUCCCAAGGAAGAUUGAACAUCUUCAGAAUGAAGAAGAGAAGGGAAAGAUUACAUCAGGAGAUGAUGGUGGUAAAAAGGGACCUGUCGCAUCUGAGAAAAAGAGCAAUGUAAAAACAAUUCCUGUGAAGCAGCUCGAAGAUUCUGUUCCUAAGUUCUCAAAAAAAGAGGAAGUGCAUAAGGGUGGUGAAGCACAAGUGGGGAAAGCAAAGCCGUCAUCCCCGACUAAGAAGUCUAAGCUACCACCAAUCUGUUUGAGAGUUGAUCCACCAAGGAAGAAAAAUGGUAACGGUAGCUCAAGAUCUCCUAGCCCCCCUGGUGACAAAAAACUGCAGGCUUCUGAAGAACAUAAGGUUGGGGAUGUUAGUAACCAGCUUCCGAAGGAAAUAAAAGUUAAGGGUGUGGAGGAGAAGGCACCCAUCCAGACUAAUUCUGAAGUAUCUCACACUGUUGGUGAGGCAGGUAGUGUUGAGGAAAAAAAUACAGUGCAGCAGACAAAUAGUCAUAAGGCCAAAGAUACUAAGAGCAGCAAUGACAUAUCACAAGCUCAGGAACCACAAGCAGCAAAAGAGACUGAAUCUCAGCAAGGAAGCAGAAGGGAAAGAAAAGUCAUGUCAGAAGUUGAAGCAGCAGUUACAAUCCAGUCUGCAUACCAUGGAUAUGAUGUCAGAAAAUCGGAACCACUAAAGAAGCUCAAACAAAUUGCGGAAGUUUCUGAAGGUGUUUCACAGGUGAAGAGGAAGAUUGAAGAUCUUGAGUCUCGCAAGGCUGUAGAUGACAAGGAGAAAGCGGUUAUUGGGGAGAUGAUAAUGGGGCUGCUGCUGAAGCUGGAUUCUAUACAGGGGAUGCAUGAAAGUAUCCGAGAUGUUAGGAGAUCUGUAGCGAAAGAGUUGAUUAUUUUACAAGAGAAGCUCGACUCUAUAAUGAGCCAGAAGUUCGUGCCACUGACGCUGAAUUCCGCAACUGCAGAAGUUGAUGACAAAAAUUCCAAAUGCCCUGCUUUUCAAGAGGGGUUUGAUAAUAAUGAAACACCGUCUAAAGUCUCAAGCCCUAAUGAUUACAGGAUCACAAAAGUGUCGGAAAGAGAGGGAAUCGGCUCGGGCCAGCUUCCUACUUGUGAUUAUGAGGAAUGUGAUUCAGAGAAAAAGGAAAUCAUAGAAUUAUUACCUGUAAAUAUAGAUUCUCAAAACCUUCAAGAUGAUACGGUGGUCUCGGUGUCAUUGGGAAGUAUUGAUGAGGAUGUUGCAGCUUCUUGCUUGGGUUCAGAAAUGAAAGAAACGGUACUUGAUCCAAGUGAAAUUGUCCAGGAACAUUCACAAACGGAAUCAGAGAAGUCUAUAAUACAUGCAAGCCCUGUCGAUGAGACAAAAGAACAAAUGUAUAUAACCUCUGAGAAUGAGGAUCAAGUAGCCGAACUGCUUUCUGAACUGCCUCGGGAUGUUGUUGAGGAGUCUCCAGUUACUGUGGAUAGUGAUGGGAACCUAGAAGUGCAAGUACAGAAUGAUUUGGUAUCUGCAAACAAGGAUCAAGAAGACAGGUUGUCAUUAGAACCCCCGCAAGAUAUUAAGGAAGGGUCUUUGGCUGACGUUAGCGGUGUCAGAGAAACAGUAAUGCAGACCGAUGUGGUUGCUGGGGAUGAGGUCGAGGAAACAUAUAAUCACCUACUUCGAGAAUCUACGGAGGAAGAUGGAAAGGAGAGGUCACCACUGAUAGACCAUGAUUGUAGCUGUUCUGAGAUCAUUUCUCCUAGUGAAGAACAGCCUCAUGAUGAUCAUCUUGAUUGUUCAAAGCUCACUUUGCCUAGUGAAGAACUGUCUCGCGAUGCUGCCAAUGAUGAUGGCAAGGAGCUAGCUGAGGAUGAAACUUCAAAAAUUUCGAUUAAAGAUCAAGAGCUGGACCACCUUCAGAAGAGUUUGGGAGUGGGUGAUAAGGACAUUGUACUCAUCGAGCAUGAAAAUCAUGUCCCCCUUGAAAAAUCUAGCGAGGAGACUAUGAGCAACCCGGAAUUUGGCUCCACUAGUGAUCCGACAAAUAUUGAGAUAUCAGUUAUUGAGGAUGGUGCAAGCGAACGGCUGCCAGAUUUGGCUGAUGACGUAGAGGCCUCUGUGGCUAAAACGAGAGUUCAGUUAGACGAAAAGAGUGAAAUCCCACCUCUGAAAGUCUAUGAAGUUGCGAAGCAAUCAGAAGAAGCAGGAAGUGUGGAAUGUUUUACAGACACGAUACCUCUCACAGAUCCUGAAAGUGAUCACAGCAAUACAAUAGAGCCUUUAAGCAGUGAAAAUCAGACGAGCUCUGAAACUCUGAAUCCUGAACUUGCUGUUUCUGAAUCUAACGUGCAGGAAUCUAAAGAAGAAAAUGUAACAGUCGGAAGAUCAGUGGAGGAUCAUGAUUCAGUUUUCGCAACCAAAAAUGAGGUGCAGAUCGAUGAGAAUGUAGUAAAAGAAAACGAGAGGCUUAGAGAGUUGCUCGAAAAGCUACUUGUGUCUGGCAAACAGCAGCAAGAAGAUAUAUCGAACCUGAACGGGAAGUUGAAAAACUUGGAGAAGAAGCUCGCUAAAACGAAGAAAGCAAAAUCGACUAGGCAUCCAAGAGUUAAACUGUCUCGGCCGACUUGCGGGAAAUCUGCUAGUGGCUCACCAAGGGAGAGGCCAAUGGGUAUGGUAUCAUAGUCACACUUGUACUUCUACUUGUGUCUUUGAGGGUAUCUGUGUAAUUGUUGUGUAUGAACUGAAUGUGAUUAAUAAACUGCAAAUGGUUGUAUAAUUGUCAAUGUUUCUUAUACAAAUAUUUUUAUUUCAGUUA